AUGCCUAUGAUGCCUCUGGGAGUAUCGUCCAACAUGGCUGCCAGCCUGCAUCUGUAUCAGUCCAUCCCCAGUCUGAGGUACUCAGUGCUUACUCUGGUAACUGUGGGCUUGGAACCAAGGCAAGCUGCUGUAGAUAGUACACGGGUUAAGAAGAGCUCACUCAGAGCUGCUGCAGUGAUUCUGGGUCUGCUGUGUCUUCUCCUGCUGACUGGACUCAUAACUCUGGUUGUUACAUUAACCAAUGAAAUGCAUGAAAUGAACAUGGUCAGAUUACAGACCAGUUGCAACAACCUGACGGAAGAAAGAGAUCAGUUACAGACCAGUUACAACAAACUGAAUAAAGAAAGAGACCGGCUGCAGACCAGUUACAACAUCCUGACCGAAGACAGGAAUAAUCUAGAGACCAGUUACAACAAGCUGACUAAAGAAAGAGACCAGUUACAGACCAGUAACAACAACCUGACUGAAGAAAGAGACCAGCUGCAGACCAGUUUCAACAAACUGACUGAAGAAAGAGACCAGCUACAGACCAGUUACAACAACAUGACUAAAGACAGAGACCAGCUACAGACCAGUUUCAACAAACUGACUAAAGAACAUGACCAGUUACAGACCAGUUUCAACAAUCUGACUGAAGAAAGAGACCAGGUACAGACCAGUUACAACAUCCUGACCGAAGAAAGAAAUAAUCUAGAGACCAGUUACAACAAGCUGACUAAAAAUAGAGGCCAGUUACAGACCAGUUACAACAACCUGAUUGAAGAAAGAGACCAGUUACAGACCAGUUACAACAACCUGAUUGAAGAAAGAGACCAGUUACAGACCAGUUACAACAACCUGACUGAAGAAAGAGACCAGCUACAGACCAGUUACAACAACCUGGCUGAUGAAAGAGACCAGUUACAGACCAGUUACAACAACCUGAUUGAAGAAAGAGACCAGUUACAGACCAGUUACAACAACCUGACUGAAGAAAGAGACCAGCUACAGACCAGUUACAACAACCUGGCUGAUGAAAGAGACCAGUUACAGACCAGUUACAACAACCUGACUGAAGAAAGAGACCAGUUACAGACCAGUUUCAACAACCUGAUUGAAGAAAGAGACCAGUUACAGACCAGUUACAACAACCUGAUUGAAGAAAGAGACCAGUUACAGACCAGUUACAACAACCUGACUGAAGAAAGAGACCAGCUACAGACCAGUUACAACAACCUGGCUGAUGAAAGAGACCAGUUACAGACCAGUUACAACAACCUGACUGAAGAAAGAGACCAGCUACAGACCAGUUACAACAACCUGACUGAAGAAAGAGACCAGUUACAGACCAGUUUCAACAACCUGAAUAAAAAAAGAGACCAUCUGCAGACCAGUUACAACAACCUGAUUGAAGAAAGAGACCAGUUACAGACCAGUUACAGCAAACUGACUGAAGAAAGAGACCAGCUACAGACCAGUUACAACAACCUGACUGAAGAAAGAGACCAGCUACAGACCAGUUACAACAACCUGGCUGAUGAAAGAGACCAGUUACAGACCAGUUACAACAACCUGAUUGAAGAAAGAGACCAGUUACAGACCAGUUACAACAACCUGACUGAAGAAAGAGACCAGUUACAGACCAGUUACAACAACCUGACUGAAGAAAGAGACCAGUUACAGACCAGUUUCUACAACCUGAUUGAAGAAAGAGACCAUCUGCAGACCAGUUACAACAACCUGGCUGAUGAAAGAGACCAGGUGCAGACCAGUUACAACAACCUGAUUGAAGAAAGAGACCAGUUACAGACCAGUUACUACAACCUGAGUAAAGAAAGAGACCAGUUACAGACCAGUUACAACAACCUGACUGAAGAAAGAGACCAGUUACAGACCAGUAACAACAACCUGAAUGAAGAAAGAGACCAGCUACAGACCAGUUACAACAACCUGACUGAAGAAAGAGACCAGUUACAGACCAGUUACAACAACCUGGCUGAAGACAGAGACCAGUUACAGACCAGUUACAACAACCUGACUGAAGAAAUAGACCAGUUACAGACCAGUUACUACAACCUGAGUAAACAAAGAGACCAGUUACAGACCAGUUACUACAACCUGACUACAGAGAAAGACGGGCUGCAAGAAAGAGUUGAAGUCCUGACCAAAGACAGAAGUCAUCUUCAGGGAAAGCUUCAAGAUACUGAGGCCCGUCUGAAAAACCUGACUGACGAGAGAGCUAACCUGGAGAGGACUCUGAAUAUCUUUGGGAUGUAUUUCAGGGGUAGUUUCUAUUAUGUGUCUUCUACCAAGAAAACCUGGCAACAGAGUCGAGAUGACUGUCUUCAAAAAGGUGCAGACCUGAUGAUUAUCAACAGCAAAGAAGAACAGGAGUUUGCAAACCACUUCAAGAAGUACAUGUGGAUUGGCCUGACUGACUCAGAGACAGAGGGCACGUGGAAAUGGGUUGAUGGGACUCCAGUGACCAAAAGGUUCAGACUAUUGUUUGCUUGCUGAUUGUUUGUUUGUUUGUUUGAUUCAAAUUAAAUCAUUUCCUUGUGUUUCUUUGAUUACAUUCUCUAAUAAAAGUUUAUUUGUUUGAUUACAGCUACUGGGCCUCUGGGGAGCCUAAUGGUAGAACAACUGAAAACUGUGGAAAUAUAAAGACAUAUGAUGCUGAAAACAGCUGGAAUGAUGAAGGCUGUGGUCAUUCACUCCACUGGGUCUGUGAAAAGAAAGUCCAACAAUAACCCAAAAUCCAUCAGACAGUACAGAAAACUCAAGAUUAAUCUCAGUUUCAUCUGAACAGAACAAAGGAUUUAACCAGUGCCACUACUAGCCAUUUUGAUGCCCUAAGCAUAAUUCCUUUAUGAUGCCCCCCUGAGAAAAAAAUGUUUGUUUUUGCCAGUUCAACUUUUUAUUACCAAACAUAUAACUCACUACCAAUAACACACAGAUCUCAACAUUGUCACCUGCUGAUGGACUCUGAGUGACAGGACUCGUGCUUUCAGAGGUGGUGGUUCUCUGCAGUGUAUCUGUCCCUAAACUGCUGGUUGAGGGCGGUUGAUCAGUGCUUGGUACUGUUGCAGAGUCUACAGACCUGCUGGCCAGCUGGGGUUGAUGUGUGCCUGAGCUGCUUGCAGAUGGUUGCUCAUCAUCUGUAUCUUCCUCUUGGCCAUGUGUUCCUCCUUGUAUAUUUCUCAGCAUUGACCCUGCAUUAAUUUAGAAAUACAAAGAAAAAGGAUCAGUAUAAAAAGGGAUAAAAUAUUCAAACAAAGAAUCUUACACCGAAAAAAAUAUAAACAUUUAAAACUGAAAGCAUGCAGCCAAAGAGCUUUCCCCCUUUAUUGCUUUUUCAUCAACUAUUUGAUAAAUCUAAUCUAAUCUAAUGUAAAAAGCAUAAUAGAAUGAGUUGUAGUAUUGCACAUAAUUCAACAAUAAUGUUUGCUUUAUAUCAUUCAUAAUGAAAUUUUAUAUUUUUAUCUUAUCUAUAGGAAUAAAAGCAAAAUGAUACACCCUACACAAGACUCCAUUUCUGAAUCUUCAUCAUUAUUUUACCAUUUAAUUGAAAAAUUAAUUAAUUGUCUACUACAAAACGUUUCUCUAUUUCACCAGCAGAUGUUGUCCAUCCUGACAGAAAUGCAAUCAAAAACCCAGUUCAUUUUGUCCUGUAGCUUCUGUCACAUUCAGAUGUAGCUAAGCUAGCUGUAGCAGUAACACUAAAAGUCUGAGUUCUUUAGACUUCACAUUGUCAAGAGCCAUUUUCUGUCCCACUGCACAUCCGACACCUCACCUUAUUUGUGUCAGAGAUUGUAGCCUACAUUCUGCUGAAUUCUACCGAAUGACAGUCCUAAAGAUGG